GGUUAGAAACAAAAUGACUGAAAACUUUAGGCUGGAUCAGAGAUAUGUGAGCCGCCGAAGGGAAUAGAUGUCUGUGCAGCAUCCAAACUGAAAGUGAUGGAUUUUAUUUGCUUUAUUCAUGUCACUGCAAUAAUAAUUUCUACAGUUGCACUUAGCUACUCGCGUGUGCACCAAAAAUAUCACAUCUGACCAACUAGCUUGCUAGCUAUGCUAACUAGCGUUAGCUAGCUGGCUUUCUGACGUUAGUUAUAAAUGUUGUAUUUCAGGCAUGCUUGAAUAUAGUCAUACUGUAAUAAAACAACGUUUCUUGUGAGGAGUUUCUCUUUUUCGAAGGACCUAGAUACAUGCUGGACUGUUUAUUUAAAACUCCUGCAGCUGGAAACAGAAUCGCGACUCUAAAAUGAACCGCAAGAAAGACAAAGGCUUCGAGAGUCCGAGACCAUAUAAAUUAACCCACCAGGUCGUCUGUAUAAACAACAUCAACUUUCAAAGGAAGUCGGUUAUUGGCUAUGUGGAGCUCACCAUCUUCCCCACAGUGGUGAACCUCAACCGCAUCAAGCUCAACAGCAAGCAGUGUCGGAUAUACCGGGUACGGGUCAACGACUUGGAGGCGCCGUUCAUUUACAACGACCCCACUCUGGAAGUCUGUCACCACGAGGCCAAGCAGAGGAACCUGAACUAUUUCUCCAGUGCGUACACUGCGGCCGUCAGUGCUGUGGACCCUGACACUGGGAAUGGGGAGCUCUCCAUUAAAGUUCCCUCUGAGCUCUGGAAACAGGGGGAUGAGAUGAAAGUUCUGAAGGUGUAUAUCGAGUUCUCCCUGGACCAGCCGAAGGGGGGCCUGCAUUUCGUUGUGCCUGACGUGGAAGGCAGCCUGGCAGAGAGGGGAGCUCACGUCUUCUCCUUUGGUUACCAAAACUCCACUCGGUUCUGGUUUCCUUGUGUGGACUCCUUCUCUGAGCUGUGUACAUGGAAGCUGGAGUUCACUGUGGAUGCUGCCAUGGUUGCUGUGUCAUGCGGUGACCUGGUCGAGACCAUCUACACCCAUGACAUGCGCAAGAAGACCUUCCACUACAUGCUGCCCAUCCCCACAGCCGCACCCAACAUCUCCCUCGCCGUAGGGCCCUUCGAGAUCCUUGUGGACCCUUACAUGCACGAGGUGACACACUUCUGCCUGCCCCAGCUGCUGCCCCUCCUCAAGCACACCAUGUCCUACCUGCACGAGGUGUUCGAGUUCUAUGAGGAGAUCCUGACGUGCCGCUACCCCUACUCCUGCUUCAAGACCGUCUUCGUGGACGAGGCUUACGUCCAGGUGGCAUCCUAUGCCUCCAUGAGCAUCUUCAGUACCAAUCUGCUGCACAGUGGUUUGAUCAUAGACCAGACCCCGGCGACACGGCGCUACCUCGCACAGGCUCUGGCACAGCAGUUUUUUGGCUGCUUCAUCUCGCGCAUGUCCUGGUCAGAUGAGUGGGUUCUUAAGGGCAUUUCAGGCUACAUAUAUGGCCUCUACCUGAAGAAGACCUUCGGCGUCAACGAGUAUCGCCACUGGAUCAAGCAGGAGCUGGAUAAGAUCGUGGAGUACGAACUGAAGACGGGCGGGGUCCUGCUUCACCCUACAUUCACUGGAGGAAAAGAGAAAGACAAAAACCCCCAUACGCUGUCAUGGGAGUACUACAAAAUGUUCCAGUGCAAGGCCCACCUGGUCAUGAGGUUGAUCGAGAACCGCAUCAGCAUGGAGUUCAUGUUGCAGGUGUUCAACAAGUUGCUGAGCCUGGCCAGCACGGCCUCGUCACAGAAGUACCAGUCGCACAUGUGGAGUCAGAUGCUCCUGUCCACCUCGGGCUUCCUUAAGUCCAUCUCCAAUGUGUCGGGGAAGGACAUCGGACCCCUGAUAAAGCAAUGGGUUGACCAGAGCGGCGUGGUCAAGUUCUUCGGGAGUUUUGCCUUCAACAGGAAGAGGAACGUUCUGGAACUGGAGAUCCGCCAGGACUGCACCUCCUCCGGCACACAGAAAUAUGUGGGCCCAAUUAAAGUGACGGUUCAGGAGCUGGAUGGAUCCUUCAACCACACGCUGCAGAUUGAGGAGAAUAGCCUGAAGCAUGACAUACCUUGCCACUCUAAGAGUAGGAGGAACAAGAAGAAAAAGAUUCCUCUGAUGAACGGAGAAGAAGUCGACAUGGACCUGUCAGCCAUGGAUGCAGACUCGCCCCUGCUGUGGAUCCGGAUUGACCCGGACAUGUCCAUCCUGCGGAAGGUGGAGUUCGAGCAGGCCGACUUCAUGUGGCAGUACCAGUUGCGAUACGAGCGUGACGUUGUGGCCCAGGAGGAGGCCAUCUCUGCCCUGGAGGUCUUCCCCACAGCAGCAUCGCGCCUGGCCCUCACCGACAUCCUGGAGCAGGACCAGUGCUUCUACCGAGUGCGCAUGCAGGCCUGCUUCUGCCUGGCCAAGAUCGCCAAUGCCAUGGUAAGCACCUGGACGGGACCUCCAGCCAUGAAGUCCCUCUUCACCCGCAUGUUCUGUUGCAAAAGCUGCCCGAAUAUCGUCAAGACCAACAACUUCAUCAACUUCCAGAGCUAUUUCCUGCAGAAGACUAUGCCUGUGGCAAUGGCUUUGCUCAGGGACAUUCACAACCUCUGCCCCAAAGAGGUUCUCAACUUCAUUCUGGAUCUCAUCAAGUAUAACGACAACAGAAAGAAUAAGUUUUCAGACAACUACUACCGGGCAGAGCUGAUUGAUGCUCUGACCAACUCGCUGACGCCGGCCAUCAGCGUGAACAACGAGGUGCGCACAGUGGAGAGCUUGAGCGCUGACGUGCGCCUCGUUCUCGAGGAGGUCACGCGCUUCCUCAACAUGGAGAAACUGCUGCCCAGCUACCGCAACACCAUCACGGUCAGUUGUCUCCGGGCCAUCCGGAUGCUGCAGAAGAACGGACACCUACCCAGUGACCCCAGUCUGUUCAAGUCCUAUGCGGAGUACGGUCACUUUGUGGACGUGAGGAUCGCCGCACUCGAGGCUGUGGUGGACUACACCCGAGUUGACAGAAGCUCAGACGAACUUCAGUGGCUGUUAGACAUGGUCCAUACGGACCCAGUGCACUACGUCAGGCAUAAGAUUCUUAGUAUGCUGUCCAAGAAUCCGCCCUUCACCAAAGCAGCUGAGUCCUGUUUAUGCAACGAGGCUCUGGUGGACCAACUGUGGAAACUGAUGAACUCAGGUACGUCUCAUGACUGGCGCCUGCGGUGUGACGCGGUGAACCUGUACCACACGCUGUUUGGCCUGAGCAGGCCCUCGUGCCUGCCUCUCCCUGAGUUGGGCCUCGUGCUCAACCUGAAGGAGAAGAAGGCCGUGCUCAACCCCACCAUUAAGCCGGAGCAGGAUGCCAGUGUCCCCGAGCCGCCUCCCGAGCUGGUCUUCGUCAGUUGCAAGGAGGAGCCUUUCCAAAUGAAGGAGGAGCUAGUGUUGAGCGGUGUGGCCCUGGCUCCCCAAGGUCUGAAGAGGAAGGCAGAUACUCCGUUGGCCUCGCCUCCUGAACCUGGCCAGGUGCUGCAGGAGGAGACUGUGUUCAAAGGGCCAGUUAAAAGCAGAUUUCCUACCCAAGAGGAAGAGGACAUUGAUAUGGACACUGUCCAUGAUAGCCAGGCGUUCAUCUACCACCACCUCAACAUGCUGGAGAGGCCUUCCACACCAGGGAGGGAGCCUCCAGUUGUGGAGCAGCAGGCUGUGAUGCCCACGCCAGCCCCUCCCGCACCCCCCUUCGUUAAGGAGAGCUCCGCGCCCUCCAGACACGUGGGAGUGCACCAGCACCACCAUCGGCACCACCACGAGCACAAGAAGAAGAAGAAGAAGCACAAGCACAAGCACAAGCACAAGCACAAACACGAAAGCAAGGGCAAGGAAAGGGACAAGGACCGAGACCCCCACGUCUUCGGCAGCAGCCCCGCCCGCUCCCCGUCGCUAUCUGACUGAGGGGGCUGGAGGCGGGCUCUUGAUCUACACCAUGCUUAUAGUUUUGUUUGGUUUUUACAUAAGAUUUGAACUGAAAGCAGAGGUAGGACCUCAUCUGCAGCAGAGAGGCAGGCGGUUGAUGUUGGUAGCCAAGCCCAGCUCAGUCGUCGCCACUGGAAGGUGGAAUGCUAUGGCGUCAUCAACUGCAUUGGUGGCUCUAGAGGUCUCUGGUUUUCUUGAGCCAGUGACUCCACCCCUCGCACUGUCUAGAACUUCAGCGCAGACUCUCACACUGUUCUUAAUGUUAUUCCUUUUAUUAAUGUGAGAAAAGGUUUCUCCGCUGAUGUCGUCACUAACCCCACCCACCCACACACACACACACACACACACACACACACAAAUACACACACUCCUCACCACCAGGACAACCGAAACAGUCUUGCCUGCUUGCCUGAUAAAGGACUGCUUUCUGCGAGUGCUUUUAUAAUGAAACUUCACUUGAACUCUUCAGCUCAGCAAAUGCCACCAACAUCUCCAGCUACUGGAAAUUGUGGUGUGCAAACAGAAAUCUGUUUAGUUAAGGCAUUACGUCGUUUUUCUAUGUAAGCAGCCCGUGCGUAGGGCUGAGUUCCCUCCCGGAGCUGCAGCGUAACAUGGGACUCAUGAGGAGAAGUGUUCACCAUACUUGACAGCUGGUUUGCAUUCUGAACUGGCUGUGUAUUCCUUUCACUCUGGGUCAUCUGGAAGCUCUAAUCUCUCCAACCAUGGGUUUUAGUUUUCAGAUUCUGGGUGGAGGUGGGGGAUUACUGCAAUAAUUGCAGUCAUUUUUAAUCUUGCUGUUCAAUAAUGUUUUCAAUUUUUUGUCUUAUUUUUUUUAACAUCUGUAAUGUUUGAAAUAAACCUUGUUUAAUUAAGA